AUGUUGGAACCUCCUCCCAGAGGGCAGUGGUUCAUGGGACACUCGAGUGCUGCACUGGUACACAGAGUGCCCAAUCCAUCCCUCCCCCACCAGCGCAUCUGUUUCCCCCUCAACUGUACCCGCCGCCGCCGCCUUCAUGCAGUCCUCCAGUCUUGCUCCCUGCUGCAGCCAGGGAGCAUCUUAAGACACAAGUCACGUGACAUCACGUGUCCGCUUAGGUUUGCAUCCAGCACAGUGUUUCAAGAUGGGCGGGAUGAGGACUCUGCAGUUUCACUGCCGAGGGCCCAGGUUCAAUCCCUGGGCAGGGAGCUAAGACCACAUAAGCCGUGUGGCAUGGCAAAAAAAGGAAAAAGAAAAAAAAAAGGAUGGGAUGAAUAG